AUGUAUUUUGAAGGAAAUUUCGUGUGUUUGUCAGCACUUGUUGUGCAUGGUUCAGUAACACAGGGAGUGCAGCAGUGUGGCACAGUUCUGCAUCAAGGUUCUACACACGCACAUCUGAAUGACAGGAGUUUACGUACGCAUCCAGGAAGAUGGUCAUCUGCUUUUGUAGACAUCAGUGGAAGACGGAAACGAUCAGUUUUGUUGAAAGAUUUGAGCUUUGAAGCAGCAGAACUUCUUCACCAAAAUAGCAGUCCAAAAGGAAAAGGGAUAUAUCCUUGUAGAGGUUGUGGAAAAGUCUAUCGCUGGUACCAAAAUCUUGUAGUACAUCAAAGAAUUGAAUGUGGUAAGGAGCCUCAGUUCCAGUGUCCGUAUUGUCCAAGCCGGACUACUCAGAAAAGCAGCUUGAUUACUCAUAUCAAACGAAGACACCCAGACAAUCAGUACCAAGUGACUAGUAGUGACAUGGAGUUAUUCUAAAAACAUUUGCUUCAUUUAUGUUUUAAAAAAAUGAUUUCAAAUUUUUGUGAAAAGUUCUAGUGCUUAAGGUUCUCAAAUUCAAGUUACAAUUAAGGUCAUAGGAGGAUGAAACAUGCUCCUCAACAUGUUUGUUUGUUUUGGCAAUAUAGACUGUUCUCACAUAGUGUCCUAGCUUAUCUUUUUCCAAAAAAAAAGUAAUUGAUGACACAUAGCUAGCGAGAAAAAUUUUUGUAGUUAUGUGAUUGCAGAAUUUUUUUGUAAGAGUCCCAAGAAGAUUUUUCCAAGCUUAGCCACAUUUUCAUGACAUGUUAGAUAACAGAAUAAAAACAUAGAUUUUUCUUGAACAUUAUGAGAAGCAUGUACUCAGACAGUUAGAGAAAAAAAGAAAAAUUUCAGCGGAACCAUUUAUGUGAGAGGUAUGUAAUCAUUUUAGGUAGGGGAGCAAAAGAUGACUGUUCAUGAAAUAAGCAUGAAAUCAUUAAUUGAUUCCAGUACUCAGAAUUUACCUAGAGUGUUUUGCCUCAGGUAAUGAAGGCCCCUGUUGACUGUCCAAAAAGUUACUGUAAGUUGAACUCUAUACAUAAUGUUUUUUUUUUUUUUUAAAAAAAAAA